AUGCCGGGGUGGAGUCAAGUUGGCAAGAAGAAGAGGAGCCUCGACCAGAUGCCGAAGAAGAGGCAGAUAAAGGCCCCUCGAGUGGUGGGGAGGGAAGAGAAUGUGUUUGCCGAUCUAGAUGAUAGUCUGUCUGAUGCGGCUCAUGGAUGCUCAUCGGGUGGGGAGUGGUGUAGCGGGGAUGAGCGGCUCCGAGGGAAGCAGAAGGAGAUACUGGUCAAUGGGCAGAUAAGGUCAGUAGACAGUGGUGGUGUGUCGGUACAGAGGCUCGCUGUGGAGACCACUCGGGUUGGCAACAAGAAGAUGCGGAAGAGGGUAGAACGAGAAUGGAAACGCAAGAAUAAGAUCAAGAUGGAGGAUGCCAAUGCUGAUACACUCAUCGCGUUUCUGCUAGGACUGCUACCCCCAUUGCGAGAGUUCGACCAGCCGGAUGCCUCGAGUGCCAUCCUUGCCUCUUGGUCCGACCAAGAGAUAGACGAGUUGUUGGAAUGCAAGAUCUGCUACACGUUGCGACCAGUGUUCAAGCAGUUGCCCUGUCCACAUCGUUACUGUUCGGAGUGCGUUGACCAACUCGAGAAGAUUCCGGGGCCCUCAUCUGGUUGUGCUGGUCCCGAAUCGAUAUGUUGCCCGGAGUGCCGAGUGCCUUGUGAUACCGGCCUCAUCACAUACGAUGUGAAGACUCUACAGAAGCUCCUUGAGAGGAGUGCCCGUUGUACACAUUUCCUCCACGGCUGCGACUGGAAGGGACCGCUUUGCCAUCGGCCUUUCCAUCCGUGUUCCUUCGAGGAGUGGGCGGAGGAGAAGCAGCAACAGCAAAUGAGUGGAGGGAGCUCUGGUUCGAAAACAGCACUUCUUGAUUCUCCUGCGGAGGUUGACCCAAGACUCAGAGACCGGCCACCAAGGCCUACUGCCCCCAAGGUAGCCGCCUUCAGUGGCUCUGCUGGGGCCAAUAUCGUGAGUACCCCGAGCUUGGCUAAAGCACCGGCUGCUAGCAGGAGGCUCACCAAGGGAUUGGUGCCGCCCGUGAGGCCCAAGGGGAUAGCACCAGGGACUAAGGGGCUCCCUAAGGGAAAAGCAUCGCAUCCUCUAAUUCUGGAUAUGCCCCAGACUUGGCAGCAACUGACCAAGAAACAACGAGCCCAGCUAACGGCUACUACUGCUAAGGCUAAAAGUGUACCAAAGGCCCCUACUGUUGGCAAGGCCAAUAGUGUACCGAAAGCCGCUAUCGUUGCUAAGGUCGCUACUGUUGCCAAGGCCGGCACAGUGGCAAAUGCCGGUACAGUGGCGAAGGCCGCUACUGCUACUAAGGCUCCUCCUCCACCUACUUAUACUGCGACUAUAGCUGCCUCCACUACUAGAGCCGUCCUCGAUAAUGCGGCUAGUGUCGUCAGCAAAGCUCCAACUGCUACCGAGGCUACAACGCCUAGUGAUGCUUCCAAGACGACCCCUCCGAAGGCUGUCACUGCCCAACUCACCACGACGGUGCCCAACACCCGAUCGCCUAGCGUCCUCGUCCCGCCACCCGAUGCUCUCUUACCGACGCCCCUCACACAACAGUCGAAUGGUCCAGUCAUGUCAGGACUGCGUGGGGCUGGGCGACGAGUUGAGCCCAAUGGGGCUACUCUGAGGGGUGUUCGAUCCAGCUUCGCUCAGUACCCGUCAAGGCAAGGAGCUAAUAUCAACUUCGCCGAGCGACCUGGGAAUAAUUCACUCACAUCUAGUACUGCCCCUGAGCGGGUAUCGCCUCUCCCUACUGAGAUCAGAGACCUCCGCCUGCAGUCACUAUUGGCAACAACAAUGACGAAGUUAGGGCCUCGACGAGUUAAUUGGGCUGAUGAGGUUCACGUGGGAGCACCGGUACAAGAAGGCGUCUCUGAGCGGUACCCUACUGGGAAGGCACCGACCGGUUUCACGAUUGAUGGUCCUUUGUCGCUUACUCAUGGGCCUGGCCGCCGAGCUCCGCAAGCUGUGGAUCGAAGGGGCGAAAGGGAUCGAUCGAUGAUGAGUAACUCCGUGGACGAUGAGUUGGAUAGACCGCCGAAUACUCCAUCAGCAUCUAGGAGUCUUAAGGGUGGGGCGUUUGAGCGGACUGACUUGGACCUUGCGGGAGGAGUGGAGUCGGAUCACCACCAAGGGGCCUUACGGGGAGAUCCCCAGAGUCUAGCGAGGUCGGCUCAGAAUGUUGCAGUGGGGGAGCUCGACGAGGCAAAGCCAAAGACGAGAGAUGAGAAGCCCCGACUUGUAGACAGUAGUGGGGCCAAGAAAACCCCAACGAAGCCAUCGCGACCACCUCGACCGAGGGCACCACCGGUUCUGCGGCAUCCGGGGUCUGUUGAUUAUCGGCUCGAGAGGGAGCGGGUAGUUCCUCGAAGAGGAACAGAUGGAAUGGAUAGGAAGUCGAUCGCCCAACCAUGUAAACCGUCGCGGCCGCCCUCUAUACCGCGGAGUAUAUCCAAUGAGGAUCAUGAAACGCAGCCGGUGGGUUCGAGCAGUGGUGAACAGCGGCCUACCCGACCCAGUCAUAAACCAGUACUUAUGAAAGCGCUUACUAUGAGAGGCCUUGUUGUUGAGAUCCCAGUCCCUCGUUCCCCCCUGCCCGAUGGAGCCACCUGCCCAGAGUGCUUGUGCACGGUGAACGCCGAGACUCAGGGGAAGCUGCCGUUGGGGAUACAUCUACUACCUUUGAUCAACCUCAGCGACCUCGAGCACAUAGGAGACCUACCAUCACUACCAGAGAGCUUCGAGAUGGCUCAGGCGGCUCCUCCUCAUAGGGCAGUAGGCACGCCAUCUUCCCUCUUGGAAACAAGUAGUGGAGGGAAGGAAAAGUUUUGGGAGAGUGUGGAUCUACCGCAAGACCUGGUGGCUGAGGUCAUGAAGCGAAUGAAGCAGCAUCAUCACCAUAAACAUCGAGCUGUACCUCUACCGGACCAUGACCAUGCUUGGCUGUUGAAUCAGCUGAAGACCCUAGCCGCUAUAGUGGAUGCUCAAGCACUCCGUGACCGGGGAGCUGAACUAAAACUAGCUGCUCAACAGCAGCAGCAGCGAGAGGAGGUAGCCCCUCCGGACGCCUUCCAUGACAUUAUGGCUGCACAUCAACAGGGAGGGAUAUGGCGAGAUUUCAUGGGACCAUGCUCGGCCUUCGUACCGUAUGCUAAGGCGGUCCUGGUAGGGGACUUGGGCGUUGAGGAGUGUUGGCGGAGAUGUACUCAGCAGUAUUUCUUCUGUACACAGACACACUAUGCUGCUGCGGGUCAAACCUGCUAUUUUGGUCAUGGCCUUAGCACUCUCCUCGAUACCACUCCUGCUGGAAUGCAGCCGAUUGGAGGGUCGUUGGACACUUGCCGAUCUUUGACUGAGCUUGGGUUUAGAGAGCUCAGGAGUAGCAGGAUUCAUAGCGGGGCCCCUGAGGCCCCUGAGGAUGAUGUUCCCAAUCUGUCACCAUUUACUGUAGUACCUGGCAGUGGGAGGUAUCUGUUGGUACAGCCUAACGUGGGCAUAGUAGAAGGAGAAAGGGCAGAGGAUGAGGAGACGGUGCGAGUGGAAAGGGCCGACACCUUCCUACAGUGUCAGUCUAACUGUCUGGCAUCUGACUGGUGUGCUACGGCAGUCUGGAUCGAUCGGGGGUCUGAGGGGAGUAGCAUAUGUGCUAAGGGUAGCAUGCUGUUGCCUGGGAAGAGCACCACAGGGUGUCCUAUGGAUGGUAGAUGCAUGGAAGUUUGUGGGGGACAGGAUUGUGUCCCGUCCAUUCGGAACCCCUCGGGCAUCUCUACAUUGUCUUGGCGUUACCCAGGGGAGGCAUUUGACUUUAUAGUGACAGUAGAUGCGAAGGCUCCGGAACAGACGACGACCUUUGGCUGCUCUGAUUCUGACUGUGUCGAUGGUAUCAAGAGGUGCCAUAUGGCUUGCCAUGCGGCUUCGUGUCGAGGAGGAUGGAUCGAAGUUGUGGCCGAGAGGGACGAAGUCAAGUGCUUCCUAUCAUCUGGUUUCCCUGCUGUGGCCGGGUCUGGUGCGGCGAGCGCAGCAGAUAAAGGCGUGACCUCCUCCCCCGCUGUGUGUCCACUAUCGGCUCGAGCAUGCCUUAUGUUCGCGUCGGACUAUAUGAUGUUGCCAAGGCCGAUGAUACAGGCGGCGCAGGUAUGGCUCGAGCAGUCGCCUGGUGGUAGCCCUAGAGGAGGGAAUGGGAUAGCUCAUCAGUCUGCUGGGAUGGGAGCUGACAUUGAAGUUCUAUCGGGGUGGGGGAGGUGUAUGCCCUUCCACGCUGGCUUGUCGGCUAGUCCGGACAGCAGCUUUGUAGCGAGGGAUAGGUGGGAGUGUUGGAGGCUGUGUCGAGAGAUGAACGCAGAGUGUACACAGGUGGAGUACCACAACAACACGAAUGUGUGCGUAUUGGGCAAUGGGGUGGCAUCAAGAGUGGAGCACUCUAAGAAUGGGGCCAAGUCGAAGAGCCCUGUGUUCUGUCAUUCUAUCCGUAAAGGGCCGUCACCAACACAUGGCUUGCCUGGUAUGAUGAUCGUGGGCAGCAUCACUGGUGCUGAGUCUGGCAAUCAUUGGUUCAGAGGAUACCAGGGGGUUGAACCUGGGUCGUUCGCGAGAGAGACCAGCAAGGUUCCGAAGUUGAGUGAUGUGUGCGACUUUUCAGCCACCACAUUGGUAGAGACGUUGGAAGAGUGCCAGACUUUAUGCGAGAAGGCCACUGAUGAGGCAACUAAUGCUGACUGCAGGUACGGAGGCUUCGAGUCGUGUCGGGCUGUGAGGGCAGCCUGCAGGGGUAAUGCGGCGGGAAGGCAUGGGGGAGCGGAAGAGUGCAAGAUGUGCAAAAAUGAUAAGGGCGGGAUUUGCCGGAUUGGGUCAGAGACCAAGCCUGGGGGGUCUGGAGUGGGCAGUGACGAGUGCCUUAGUGGCGCCUGCAAGUGGUUCGAAAUGGGAGCUGUGGGGUUCAGAGUGAAGGCAGCAUCUGAGGCCGCCAAGUACGUGGAUCAUCUCCCACUGAACAGUAGUGGUUUGAUAUGUCCCCAGGGGGGCGUUGUCAAGAGAGAUGUUCUUGGGAGAUGCUAUCAUAGUGUCGAGAGCAUGUGGCAUUGCCAUGCCUUGUGCGAAGCGCAGACGGGGGAGUGUAUGGGAGGGCUCUAUGUGGACUCCCUCCCUGCUGAGGGAGGUGUGACGGCCAAGGGUAAAUGGUGUUAUCUUGCUAUGUAUUUGCGGUAUCACGCGAGUGACUAUGAGGAUGCUAAAGUCCAUAGACUGUUUGGUAGUAGCAACUGUGCCGCCUUCACUAGGGACGGUGUAGGGAAGCUGCCAACACUAAGGGUUACUGGUAGCAUUGCUGCUGACCAGGCUGUUGAGAGAGCUCCACAGGGAGCGGUUAAUAUGACGGGAGUAUGUAAUGAGUUUGACGAGCUUGAUAACACUAUGAUGGAGGGAUCCCCAGCAGACUUCUCAUACAACCCUAUGUAUGCCUGCAGUAUGAGGUGCUUGACGAUGCUACAGUGCAUGUCCUUCAAGGUUGAAGGGUAUCCCGAGGAUGACUGUGACCUCCAUAGUCAUCGCCCUAACGUUUCUGCGGGUUGCGAGACCAUAACGUGCCGGUUCAGUAGUGCGCUUGCCAGCAAGGCGACCAAGGUGGAGAUCAGGCCUGGGGAGUAUGCUAAGAAUGCUAUAUGCGUGUCUAGAGGGGUGGAUGCUGCCAAGGCCUUAUCAGUAGACUCGGACGUCCGUAAUGGUAUUCCAGGUUUCUAUACGGUGAAUGCUAUGGCGAGGAAGUUCCGAUGGGCUGAUGUACUGAACAAACGCCGACUGACUUUGACGCCUCACCUGGAGGGGUGUCAGUCAAUUUGCAGAGGGAAGAAGCAGUGUAAGACUGGCACGUGGCAGUCUUGUGGGGCGCUCAAGGAUGUAUGCUCUGGAGGAACAAUGAGGAAUCCUGAGAUGAACAAAACUUGCGGGUACGGCAUGGGAGCCUGUACUGGUAUAGUGGUAAGUGAGGACAGAGCCCCAGAGGAUUACCCUGACAAUAUGGGUGUAUGCAAGCUAGCUUCGGCGGUCUCCCAUGCUAUGUUCAACUGUGGAGCCACGUCCUCUUCUGCUGGGUGCUAUGCCUUUGAGAAGGGCCGUGACAAUUUCGUUAUAAUGAGCAGCUACGCUUCGCCUUUUAUUGAGGAAGAUGCCUCAUCUAAGGUGAACACCAGCCUUAUAGAAUUCGAAGGGGAGAAGGGGGCAUACGGCAAAGUGCUGGACUUGGAUGCCUGUGAGUACUACUGUGAGAAGGACCCUCUCUGCACGUAUGGUCACUUCGCGCCGAAGGGCAUUGGCUUUGGUGACUGCUAUCUCACGCACAGUACUGACGUGGACACGAUAGACACUUCUACUAUCGAGAACCGACCGAUCCUGGAGCCUAGAGGAUGGAGUGUUAAGCGAUGCGAUGGAGUGUGCGUAGUGUUUAAGAAAGUGGUCGCACAGGAUGAGGGCCAAGCUGUGACGAAUAAGAUUGAUGAAGUGAUAGACACCGAGGAGCAAGAAGUACAACCAGACGUUGUACGCUCGAGGGAGGAGGAACCUCUUGUUGGUGAUGGGAGGAAUCAAGGUGUUGAGUUACUGGAGGGCUGGGGGCUGGUCGGAGGUGGUGCUCAGUUUUUCUUUACCAAAACACUCCGAGAUAUGCUAACAACAUUGAGCGCCCCUGAGGAGGGGCAGCAGCCUACCUCUUCGUGUUCUUCCUCUCCAUCAUCACCGCCUGUCCCGGAGUGCCCCCCACUCUCCAGCUCCCAACAGGGUGCCUCUCUUCCUUAUGGGGAGGCUUUCAAGCGACCACGACUGGACAGUGAGCUGAUGAAAUCAGCGGCCUGUAGUCCUGGGAGGGCCGGAAAUGCCCUACAGCUCCUCGCUGAUUACAGUACGCAUAACCCGACUGCUGUUGGGGAUGUCAUGAGACCGUCUAAGAAGCCGCUAUCGUCCUGGUACUUGCAGUGCAUUGAGGAGGAUAUUGUUGUAGCUAAGAGGUUGGUAGAACGUCGUCGGCUUCCCUUGAGGGGCCUUAUUCCGGCCCGACAAGACUUGGCAACAGCUGAGGAGCAUCUAGUCUUCCUGGAGGGUCUCAGAGACCACGGCCGAGAUUGGAAUACUAUUACGAGCUACAUACCGACUAGGACCACUAAGCAAGUGAGGUCGCAUGCACAGAAGUAUUUCCAGGAUCUAGACCGUCGCUGGGAGGAUGAGCAGGAGGAAGACGGUGAGGGUCAGUCGAGAGGGUCACAACCAGAAGCGCUGAUACAACAUGGAAGGAAUGACCGUAGUCUCCAUCAAGAUGAGGAACGCCAGAAGGCGAUAGAGGAGCUUCUGCGCUCACUGAAUGUGGCACGUCCCGUCGAGGACACAGGACCUCCGGGGAAUAUGGAAGAUAGCUCGGGGUGGAACCAACGACAUGCGGACGUUAUGGCGACGAAACUCUCACUGAAGAGGGCUGUUGAAGCGGUAUCUGCUAGAUCCGGGGACUCCAUGAGGGCUAUGCUGGGGCCAGCCUCGGGCAUGGAGUCGGCAGAGAUGUCCUCUAGUAACCUAGAACUGGCUGCGUUGGCCGCAGUAGCAGCGAAUCUCACGUCGCUCAAGCGAGGGGUUCAAGACGGGGAUGCCCGUGUUGCUGCUGCUCCGUUUACCCAAGGUAUUGACCUCUCCGCAUUGGCAGCUGCUGCUAGUGCCAUGUCCUCCAGUAACGGUGGUGAGGAGCAGAGGUCACCUUCCCUCGGCUUGGAGACGGCUCGUAGUAUCGGCCUGCUCACGGGAGGAGAUGUAUUGGCCAUGGACAGCCACCUCACUUUUGUUGGUAUGACCAAUAAUAUGAAAAGUGUACUUAACCACUUCACGAGUGCCUUAACACCAGCAACUGGUCCCUACGAGGAGGUCACAGCCUGUGUGAGGGAUGUCGAGGCUCAUCUACAUGAGUGCCGAGCGUGGGCUCCUAUAAUGACAGAGAAACUACACUCGACGGGGCAAGAGCUGUAUGCAAGGACUUCUAUGCUGUUCGAGAAGUAUAUGGACAGCAACAAUAGUUCUCCGGAGGGGGCUAGCCCUAGCCAUAACAACGUACAGGAUUCCCACGUUGUACGAUGUUCAUCGCACUCUCUCAGCAGGCUUGUCACACAUCUGGUCAUCCACAUUGUCCUAUCUCGACAGGUCUUGCAGGCGAUAUCGUUUCGAGGCAGUUUAGGACCUCGACAGAGAAGUGUGCAACUGCAAUUUGGGUCAGACCGAGCCGUCGCUCCCAGCAAUAGACGACCGGACCUACCGGUUACCACGGCACUCACAUUGCGGUUAUCUGAGGCUAGCCGUACAAAGACAUCAAGCGUUCCAACCCUGCCGUGCCACACUGAGCUCUCAGCUGAGGACAUUGUCGACGUGAAUCAGGAUCCUGUUACUAGGAUUUCCUGCAAUACGACGAGCGUCGCCGUUAAGAAUGAUAAAGUGCAUCGUCCAUUCUGCUUCGGCUUCAAAGCCUCAACCAACGCCUCCACUCAGUUGCCCUCUCCAUUCGUCGAAGUGGAACUCAAGGCGCCUUACGUUAUUCGAGCUUUUCAGUUCGAACCUGUGCAUGCGUCCGAUCCAGAUGCCGACAACGAGGGCAGCACUAAGAAAAUCAAGCAACCGUUGCCGAAGUCGAUCAAGCUGAACGCCGCGAUGGGUGUGCACGCCUUCCAGUGGUACCGAGACUUACAGGCCCGAGAACACUCCGUCGCCUGGACCUCACUAAGUACAGAGCCUGAGGGCCCCCACACAUCCAACGCUGACGUCGAUCUCGAGACAGACUUCCGAGGGCAUCUCCUGAGAAUUUGGCCUCGGGCAGAGUUGACCAGGAGAUCCGAUAUGAUGAGAGCAUCAUUUCAAAUGAAACUUUACGGAUGCCCAGUGAAAGAUACCCGGACGAUGCAGCUUCGGUUCAGAUCAAGCUUCAAUUCGAUACGGAACAAGUUCAAGAGUCUUGACAUAUUCCGGAAGGAGCUCAUCAGUCACAUUUGCAGGUUACUCACGUUGUCUACUGCCUCAGCGACAACGACGUGCAGUCGGAUACUUUUCAUCGAUGUCUCUGAGAAGUCUGCUGCUGAGUUCGAGCAUCAUCGGGAAGAUCAUAAAGUAGUCUCCCAGAGGAUACAGAGUUACGAGCCCUCGAAAGACCACAUACCAAACGUGGUGGUGAACUUGAGGGUACUCCCGCCAGUGGCACAAUGUAUCGAUUGCCGUGAGUGUUUUAUACUGCCGGAAUGGGUGACAGACGAUACGCCAUACUUCUGCUCUAAAGUACAGUGCAAUGCCGAGCAAGACUGCGUGAAUGGUGUUUGUAUCGACAGGAUCGGCCGGGCCCAUGAUCGUCUAAGGACGCUCCCGGCCCUAUCCGAGUCGCAUAGCCGCUUCGAAUCUGCCGAUUUGAUCAACUGGGAUAGGGAGGAUGGAGCCGACAAGUCGAGGCCUUUGAUAAGUAACUUCGGAGCGGACAUUCCCAAAUAUCGAUACGACGAUACCUUGCUCCAGUUGAAGCCGUUACCCUUGAUAAAAGGAGCUGAUGAGCCUCCUCAGGCUCACUUCGUCACUCCCCAAUCUCUGAAGCCCUCUUCCAAUGGUGUUGGCGAGACUGCACUGGAAUUCCAGUCGGAGGCCGAGCCCGCGAGUUCUGAUAAGGCGUUCCACAAGCGCUAUACGAUGUCCCUGAUCAUAGCAGGGUCCCUCCUAGGACUGCUGAUCCUUGCCGUAUCCGUACGCAAGGCACGUGGAAUGAGCUUAGCUUGA